CUUGGAGUCUACCAGAGCUAAAGCAGUCGAGUGGUGGGACUUACUACGCAUAAGUUCACCGAAGAUCUGGAACCUCUACCUUACAAUCAAGAAGCGAGCUCAAAGAAAUCACUGCUUUAUACUGGCUCGUAAUCAGGAUACAAGAUAUUGGAUAUUGAAUACCCAGUUUCAUUGUUUAAGCGUUUCGCAGAUCUUUUCAAAUAUCACUGAUACCUUCAGUUCUCUUUGAUUAGGAGGACGACUGAUGAGGGUCAAAUGUUAAUUUUGACCUUAAGUCAAUGCGAAUAAUCUUGUGAAAUAAUACUUCGGGAAUUCUACUAUUCCGUACAGUUAAUGUUAUACGUAUAGUACUAUUUGGAAGCACUUUUGGCACUGUAGAAAAACAUUAAGUGUCAGUAAAAAAACACCCUAACAAAAUGUCAUUCCGGAGUUUAAAGAGGAUGAAAAUUCGAAGAUCAGCACUCUUGUAUAUAUUUACUGUACUAUUUUUUAUGAUACUGUGCUACACCUUAUUUACUGGAAAGCAUUUAGAAACUGAAUCAGAAGUUUAUAUUCCCUCAGAUGGACCACAACCGAUCAUAUUUAUUGGAGGUUAUCCUAGAAGCGGCACAACACUCAUGCGUGUUUUGCUUGAUGUUCAUCCAAUGAUUCGAUGUGGUCCUGAAAGUAGAGUUAUACCGAAAAUACUUGGUGUGCGACACUUAUGGAGCCAAGGAGUUGAAAAUAGUCGACUUAAAGCGGCUGGAUUAUAUCCUGAAGCAGUUGAUUCUGCUGUUCGUUCAUUCAUAUUGUCAAUAAUUAAACAUGCCGGUGAAAAUGCUUCCGUAUUAUGCAAUAAAGAUCCGUUAUCUUUUACUCAUCUUUCCUAUUUGGCUCAUUUGUUUCCCGAGGCGAAAUUUGUUCACAUGGUACGUGAUGGACGGGCUGUUGUUAAUUCUCUAGUAAAGCGAAAUGUUCGAAUUAGGGGAACGCCUAAUAACACGGAAGAUAAAUUUUAUACUUGGGAAAAGCGUGUUGAUCAAUUCUUGAAUGAUUGUGCAUUAAUUGGCUCUGGAAGAUGUGUAACAGUGAAAUAUGAAUCAUUAGUGCUAACACCGUCAAAAGUUUUAAGUGAAUUAUUCCAAUUCCUCAAAAUUCCAUGGGACCCUGUGGUACUUAAUCAUGAUAAAGCUAUGCAUCAUGAUGCUCUUAGCAAAAUGGAACCAAGUACCUCACAAGUUGUACAUCCAAUUCACUUAGCUUCGUUAUCUGCUUGGGCUUCAAAUGAAUCAGCAUUAUCUGAUGAUUUUAUCAAUUCAAUACACGAAAAUAGUAAGAUUCUACAAAGGCUGGGUUAUGCGAAUCUUGGUAUCCCACCAAACUAUGGCACUCCAGAGAUUAAAGUAGCUAAUAUUACUUCCCAACUACAUAAAGAUCCAGAAUUUCGACGGGUUUUCGGCAAUAAAUAACAGAUAAUAGUUAGUCUUAUUGUGAUGUUUUUUUUACCUCAUCUGUCUGGAUGAAAGCGCUCCGGACACCUUCUGAGCUUUCUUCAAACAAAGACAUAUACUAUUUUCUUGCCAGGAAUAUUUUUUUAUUCUUCUGUCAUUUUUUUACAUGGAUUUUGUACUUUUCCAGACGGUCUGUGGUUUUUCUUUAUUUUGUUGUUGAAGAAGAAGUACUUCUUAUGCCUUCAUAAAUCUUCUGUUUUAAUAUCUGAUGUUCAGUGAGAUAAUACAAGGUGAAUCAUUCAAGAGAUAUUCAAUUAUUUUGUAAUUUCUAUUAAUUAAUUUAUUAUUUCCUUACAAUACUAUAAAGGUGUAAUGUACAUGGA